GAUUUAUUUAAAGGACACUUCUUUGUUUGUCUAUUGUGCAUUUAACAUAAACAGCAUCGAACCAUCACUGGCCGUUUUGUGGGGAACGGAUGUAAAGAGCACCCUUGAUUGAAGUUGUCCCAGCAACCUUUGAGAAGCCGACGCUUUGCCUUCGUCCUUUGGACUUUGUUUAACGGACAACAUGCAGGAGAAUCGUGUUUCUCGUUGGUACUUUGGUGGAGUCUCGGCCAGUGCAGCCGCCUGUUUUACACACCCAUUGGAUUUAAUUAAGGUGCAUUUACAGACGCAGCAGGAGGUCAGGGUGAGGAUGAUUGGCAUGGCUCUAAACGUGGUGAGGAGAGAAGGUUACCUGGCUCUCUACAGUGGCCUGAGCGCGUCUCUCUGUCGACAGAUGACAUAUUCCUUGUCACGGUUUGCUAUUUAUGAGACUGUUAGGGACAAAAUGAACAGAGAGAAGAAAGGUCUCAUACCUUUCUACCAGAAAGUCAUGCUUGGUGCCUUUGGAGGGUUUGCAGGUGGUUUUAUCGGGACUCCAGCUGACCUGGUGAAUGUCCGAAUGCAGAAUGAUGUCAAGUUGCCUUUAAAGCUUAGGAGAAAUUAUGCUCAUGCGCUGGACGGACUAUUACGUGUUUGGAAGGAGGAGGGAAUGAGGAAUCUGUUCUCUGGUGCUACAGUGGCAUCUACUAGAGGUGCACUAGUCUCUGUUGGACAGCUGUCUUGUUACGAUCAGUCCAAACAGUUGGUUCUGGUUACUGGUUACCUGACUGACAACAUCCUCACUCACUUCCUGGCCAGUGUGUUUGCGGGGGUGUGUGCUACAGUCUUGUGCCAACCACUUGAUGUUGUUAAAACAAGACUAAUGAACUCCAAAGUGGACUAUAGGGGUGUGUUUCAUUGUCUUACAGAAACAGCAAAACUUGGCCCGGAGGCAUUUUACAAGGGUCUUGUUCCUGCAGCCAUCCGUCUCAUCCCUCACACAGUCUUCACCUUCAUAUUCCUUGAACAACUGAGGCAGCAUUUUGGCACGGUGGUUGUCACCUGAGUGAAUCCUCAAGGUUGCCUCUUUAUUGGGUUGCAGUUUCUACUACUAGAUACCACUAAUAACAAACAGUAACCAAGAUGUCACAUACCAAUGUACUAUAUAUCUAAAGAUCUAUAGAUCUAUCUCCAUGCAACAUUUUUUUUUCAUCUGUAACACAAAAAGAGAGUGAUUCAUGAAUUGUUACGCAGAAAUGUGAUUUAUGUAUCAUAUCCUGUUAACUUAGAACAUCAGGACAGUUCACCAUUGUGGCCUACUACAUGUGAUGAAUUGUACUGCUAUCAGUCUAACAUACGGGUUGUUAAAAAGAGGUGUAGUAAACCUCUGUGAAGAUAAAUCUACUAUUAAAUGCUAGGCCGUCUUUGCCCUCUGUGUCUGUAUUUGAUGAUUUACCUUGAUCUUGUUUGCAAUGUUGCAGAAUUUGAACACAGACAGAUGAUGGCGCUGAAGGUGUUUUUUUUAAGGCUGUGUUGGAAAGCACAGUUUUUCACAUUUUCUAUCGUUCCUAAGUUAAGAGUCAAGAUAACUUUAUGUAACACUGAGGGGCUGUUUCAAUUUUUAAUCCAUUUCUGAA